CAACGCACCUCUUGCUUUUUCCUCCAAAGUAUGUUAUAUUAAGUUUCGUGAAGCAUCGAGUGUUGGUGUGGCCCAGCAUCUAACUAACACGGUUUUUAUUGACAGAGCUUUGAUAGUUGUGCCCUGCGCAGAAGAUGACUAGACUGGCCAAGGCAGACCUGUUACACUUGCCUGAGUUAGGCAUUGUUUGCCAUGCCACUAAACCUGCCGCCAAGUGAAACCUUCAUGGGGGAAAUGAGAUCGAAGUCUGGCCUGCUGAAGAUGGACGCCCUGUCUCUGUUUUUAUUUUGCUUUCUUUCCUUUGUUUCUUUUAUUUUUAUUUUAUUUUGUCCCUUUUUUUGUUUUGUUCUGUUAAAUCUCUUUCCCUUGUACUUGUGAACUGGUACUUCAGUUCUGUAAAAAUGGUGUUUUGUAAAGGGUUCACAGUGUUUCAUUUUGAAGUUGACCUGAUGCUGCUUAUGAAUGGUGGAUGGUGUACACAGAAUUUAGUAUAUGAUUAAUUUUUAUGCUGUGAAUUAUGGAUAAAUUUGAUUUGGAAUAUGUUUAAGCAUCUAAAUUCAACAGAUGAGCACACUGUGUCAGAGGACAAGAAUAGUGAAAAAUACAUCAGUUCUAAGAUAACAUUCUUUCAUAUGUUGUGCUUUAUGAGUUUAUCUUGGAAAAAGAUAGUUGAAACUUACUUCUGGAGAAAAUAACUUUACAAAGUAUAGUCAUGAUCCUUCUCUGCUAGUUUUCCUCUUCUCAGCAGAGUAGUUUUAGGUUGCACGGUCUGUUUAAAAGAAGGCAUACUAUUUAUGUCUAAUGUGAAGAGUUAAAAAUAGCUAUUUCUGAAAUUGAAGUUUCAUGAAUAUUGAAUGUCAUGAAAUUCUUGUUUGCUUCUGAUGAAACCUUGCUCCAGUGAGGUCAGUGGCAGUAAGAUUUCAUCCUUUUGUUUGUGUAAUUUUCAGAAAAAACUGUUUACCACUCAUAAGUACAAAUGCAGCCUGAAGUUUUGGUUGGAAUGUGUUGUGUGAGGCACAUUGUCUUUUAACACUGUUAUUUGUGGGAAGAUUGAAUCAGUUGUGUGUGCGUGUGUGUGUAUGUAUGUGUAUAUUGCACUUUGACAUGCUCCUGUGGUGGUUAUUUCAAGAAGAUUUUUUUUUUUUAAAAAGAAGAAAAUAAAGACAAAAAAAAGUGUCUUCUCAGUCAUCUUACAAUCUCAGAAGCCCUGUCAGUUCAUGCUGGAGUGAUUGAGAAGGUUUGCAUCCCUAAGUGAUAUUCUUAACUUCUUGUGAAAUGGAAGCCUGAAGCAGAAGUGGUGGACCAGGUGGUGUGUCUGGUCCUCAGGCAUUGCUCUUCCCAGCUACCUGCACUGGGAGCAAUUGGAUUCACUCUGAUAAUGCACCAGGCUAUGCACUGCAGCUGGGAAGAGCUUUGCUUUGUGAUCUCUUGGGUUUAGCUGUGGCAGUUGAGGUAAUUGCCAGUAGGUGUAAUCUCUUUAAUCACUGCUGCUAAAUCAAAUAAGAACCAUGAAUUGGACCACACAAAUUAUUUUAUUUGUAGGUGUGCAUUUUCCAGUGAUUUAAAAGAACAGGAAAAUAACAAUUCCUUUAAUUAUGUUUAGAGUAGAUGUGAGCUGUUAGUAUUUUUAAAAUAACUAAACUUACUUAUUGCGGAAGCAGUUUUAGAGGAGGAGGAUUAACUAUGUAGUUUCAGUAUAAAGAGUAUGAAAUUAAUUGCUUCUGGGCAUGGGAGAGGGAUAAAAGUACUGCGAUGAUUAGUACUUGCUUAACACAGAUACUUCUGUUCGGCAUUUAGCAAAAUGGUGUCUGGUGUGGACUGGGUUGACUAGGGCUCUUAAGCACUUUCAUGAUACAAAAAAGUAACGAUGAUAACUUAUAUGUAGGACAACGGUACAUUUCCUGAAAGCAUAUCUCUAUGUCUCUAGGUAAUGCAGAGCUAAUCUACAUCUGCUUCCAGAUUCCUUUGCAAAGUGAAGAAUCAAUAAAUAAAUGAUCAUAGGAUCUGUAAUUUACUAAAUACAACAGCUUCUAAGAAAUCUUUCUAAGAAUGUGGUACAGAUGUGGCAUAUUUAUUUUGUCUCUUUCCCUCAUUAGAAACUUAAGUAUCUUUACCUCAUUUCCAUUCAGGUUUUAAAUACCUUGAGUUUAAAAACCAGAACAGUUAAAGUGUCCUGAUUUGUUGUGUCAUUACCCACAUUUCAUUGUAUCUUUGUGGGUUUCUAUUCUUUUUCUAAAUAAAUUCAUGGAGAUAAAACUCCAAAACUUAAACCCUGUAACUCGUGAAGUUAUUUGGCCUCACAUUAAUUUUGUUUUUCAAAAUUUGAAAGAUACUUCAGGUUUUCUUUUUUUCCCUAUAACAGUUUGUUUUCUAUAGAAUUUUUAAAAAGUUGUAUCUGGUCUUAAAAACUGGAGAAGUAGUUUUGAAUAUACAGGCAAUUUUGGGGGGUUCUAUCUGUAGAGAUAGACCCUUUCUCAUUCUUGAAUAAAAUAAAUGAAUCUUUGUGGCAUGGAACUGACCAAAGAGAUUUUAUAUUUAAAAUAAAACAUUACAUUGUUGAAGGGCCAAAGUAUUCUGGAAAUAAUGCUGCUAACUUCACAAUUUAGAUAACGCAUGUUAUUCAUUCUUUGAACUGCUGUAACAGUGCACUUAACUGAAAAAGUUCAGUGGAUUCCUUGAGGAACAUUUGAUAAAAUGAAAUAAUUCUAAUUAUUACAGUAAGAUGACCCAUAUACUUAAAGUUUAGGCUUGUAUUUAAGUACCUUUCUGAACUCGACUCGUCAUCUGUUCAGUUAUGUCCCUAACUCUAUUCCUAUUUAAAAUGGCUAAGUGCCUAAUCAUCUUUUAAGUUUAACUGGUUAAGUGUGUAUUGAAUUGGCUGUAUGUAAGCGCAUACUUAAAUUAGGCAUAUACUUAUGUACGUUGCUGACCAGGGAUCUGGUCAUAAAUUAGACCAUAAAUUAGAAUGCAGGCACACUAUUUUAGGAACCACUUCUGCCACUAGCAUGUCUGUUUAUCCUGUAGAAACCUGCAUGAGUGUCCAGUUAAUUGCAAGAUGCUCACUGUUUAGAAUAAGGUCUGGUACAUUAGUUAUUUGAAAACACUGAAGUAUCUAGAUUUUCAGAAGAACUGGUACAUAAUUCUAUGCCUAAUUUGCAUGCACAGCUGCUGGAACUGUGUAUUCGAAAGCCUGUUAGUUAGCUACAUAUUAGGCGGGAUGUGCAGCCCAGUACCUGAUACUCAUGAGCAGUCAGGCAAAUCAGGUACACUUCUCAUUGCAUGCCUGAUUAAAAUUGGGAUCUGUAAAGAGUGCUGAACAUUGUGAUGGUGGCUCAGAUUUAUGCAUGUUUUUUAAAAAGCCCUGGAAGUCAUUAUUGCACAGUUAAUUCUUAAGUGCUAAUAAUUUUCCUAUUUUUCUCCUUUAGAUAGCAAAAUCAAGUGGUUGUUACAUGUUAAGGAGCAAGGUGCCUCAAAAUUUAACAUAAAAAAAAUAAAUGUAAAUAGGAAGCAUGAGAAAAAAAAAUGGGUACUGUUAUUUUAUCUUUUCUGUUCCACCCAUGCUACAUAUAAAUUAAGUUUCAUUUAGAUUUUUUUUGUCCUUUGGUCAUACCCAACUGUAACCCAGUCCUUGCUGCAGAUCUGUAGAACAGGUUUGCAACACAUUGUUUCUUUUUCUUUUUUUAAUGUAUGUUUCCUCUGGGGUCUAUUGAAACUCGUAUAGCUAAAACUGCACAGUGUUUUGAAACUUAACUCCUAUUUUGCUUUUUGAUAAUAGUAUUCACUUACUGAUUUUUAAAUCCUGAAUCUAAGAGGUUUUAUGGUUAAAACAUAUACAGUUUAAACCAAAGCAGUAAAAGCCACUGGCGCAGUAUUUGUAUAUACCUUGACUUAUAAAGCAAUAUUUAAAUAAAAGCAUUUACUUUAUCAUAAAGUGCAUGCAGUAAUACCAAUGGGCUCAGUUGGAUAGCAUAUAUAUAACUAUGCCAGUAAUUUUGAAUAGAUCAUAGAUACCUAGUAUAAUUAGAACUUUUCCGUAGUUUCUCAGUUUAGUGUUUAAUGUUUGUACCAGUUUAAAUCCCUUUGCAUUUCAAAUGUAUUACGUACAUUUAAUUGCAAUCAUAAUUAUUUUAACUAUUAACUCUUUUGAUUCUUAAAGAUUUUUUGGGGGGUUUAUUUAGUGGUCUGAUUUUGACUAACGUUAAAUGAAACCUGCAUUUAAUUCAGAUUAGAUAUUACUUAAACUUUUAGCAUGACAGGGGAAAUAUAAUCUGGUUUAAAUAGUAGGAAAUACAUACUUGGGGAAAAUAUAGCUUGCUUAGCUGAUCAGUUAUGAUUUUCUUCAGUCUCAGUAAAUUUAAAGGUAAUUUGUCAGAGUUUCAGGAGAACUGAGGUAGCCUAGUAUGUGACGCAGUACAGAUCUGUAUUUUUUCUGCCCUCCCUUCUUCCACCUCCAACUUCACUUGUAGUAUGUAUUGCGUGGAGUCACAGAGUUCACUAGUUUUUAUUUUAUUUUCAUUUAUUUUUACAUCCAAAGUAGGUAGCACCAGAGGAAUUUAAAAAAAAAAGCACAAAUUUCAGUUAGCUCAUACUUUGGGGUUUUGGGGGUUUUUUUUGGUGUUUUUUUUGUUUGGUUUCUUUUUCUUUUUUCUUUUACUGAUUUGGUUAUUUGCCAUUUCUGGGGAUUAAACUUUAAAAAAUGUUCUUCUUUUCUGUAUCUGAUGUUCUGUGUGCUAUUAGUGAUGCAGCCAACACGAACGGUUGUCAUGUGUAAAACAACUUUCGAUCACCACGAAAACACCGCCCUGGGAAAGCGUCCAUGCUUGAUAUCGUUUGGUUCAUGAACAUUAAGUUUCCAGUACAGGUAAAAUCCCAGAUGAAGCCAAAGCCCUUUCUCUGUUGGCGCCUGCUCCUACUAUGACAAGUCUGAUGCCUGGUGCAGGGUUGCUUCCUAUACCUACACCAACCCCUUUGACUACACUUGGUGUUUCACUUGGCACUUUGGGGGCUAUACCAGCGGCAGCAUUGGACCCUAACAUUACAGCACUGGGAGAAAUACCACAACCGCCUAUUAUGGGGAAUGUGGAUCCAUCCAAAAUUGAUGAAAUCAGGAGAACAGUCUAUGUUGGAAACUUGAAUUCCCAGACUACAACAGCAGAUCAACUGCUUGAAUUCUUUAAGCAAGUUGGAGAAGUCAAAUUUGUGCGAAUGGCAGGUGAUGAGACGCAACCAACACGAUUUGCUUUUGUGGAAUUUGCAGACCAAAAUUCUGUACCUCGAGCUCUUGCCUUUAAUGGAGUUAUGUUUGGAGACAGGCCACUGAAAAUAAAUCACUCCAAUAAUGCAAUAGUGAAGCCUCCUGAAAUGACACCACAAGCUGCUGCCAAGGAACUGGAAGAGGUGAUGAAGAGAGUAAGAGAAGCCCAGUCUUUCAUAUCUGCUGCAAUUGAGCCAGAGUCUGGAAAGAGCAGUGAAAGAAAAGGCGGUCGAUCUCGUUCCCAUUCUCGUUCAGAAUCCAGGUCUAGUUCAAAAUCCCGAUCUAGAAGGAAAAGAUCACACUCAAAACACAGAAGUAGAUCUGGCAACAGAUCACUCUCAAGACACAAGGAUAGACGCAGAUCCAGAAGUCCCCUGAAAAAACGGUCUAGAUCUAGGGAAAGGCAGAAAUCAAGAAGUCGCUCUCAUUCUCGGGACAAGAAAAGAGACAAAGAAAAGGUCAAGGAAAAAGAAAAGGCCAAAGAAAAGGAGAAAGAGAGAGACCGAGACAAGGAGAAAGAGAGAGAUCGAGACAAAGACAGGGACAGAGAGCGAGAGAAAGAGAGAAACAGGGAGAAAGACAGGGAGAGAGAUAAGGAGAGAAACAAAGAUCGAGAGAGAGUCAAAGACAGGGAUAGGGACAGGGACAAGGAGAAGGACAAAGACAAGGACAGGGAAAAGGAGAAAGAUAAGGAGAAGGAAAAAGACAGGGAAGAGGUAGACCAGAACAAGGAAAAAGAAGGUAUUGAGAAAGAGGGAGAAAAGGACAGAGAGAAGAUAAAGGACAAGGAGGGAGAUAAGGACAAAGGAGGGGACAAAGAGAAGGACAAAGAAAAGGAAAAAGAUGGGGAUAAGGAGAGGGAGAGAGAAAAAGAGAGAGAUGAUAAAAAGAAGAAAGAGAAGAGAUCCAGGACACCCCCAAGAAGCUAUAGCUCUUCAAGAAGAUCUCGUAGCUCCAGCAGAGAAAGGCGUAAAAGGAAGAGUAGAAGUCCCUCCAAGUCUCCUAAAACAUCGAAAACAACAAAAAGAAAGUCUUCACGAACUCCUUCUCCAAGAAGAAACAAGAAAGAAAAAAAAAGGGACAGAGAUACAAACAAUGAAAGAAGAGAAAGAGAACGCUCCACCUCCAAGAAAAAAAGUAGUAAAGAAAAAGAGGGGAAGGAGAAAUCUGACAAAAGCACCAGUACUUUGAAGGACAAAGAUCACACUAAAGAGGAUCAGAAUUCAGAAACUGACAAGGAAGUAGACAACAGAGGUACACAAAGGACAGAUGAAGUCAAACUACAACAGAAUGGAAACUGUCAACCAAAUGAAGAAAACCUCUCAAUUAAAAUGCAAGUGGUUUAAAGCAAAGAAUGGACCUCUGAUUCAACUAAGGAAUGAAAUCCAAAGCUUUUUAUUUCCCAGAAUGAGGAAGAAAAUGUCAAAGCAAUCAACCUGAACAUGUUGAUAAUACUAGUAGCUCUUCCAAUUCUUGUGAUAGCUUUGUUGUCUUCUUGCUGUAAAGCGAGAGAGCACGGACCAGUAGUUAUACCAUGAAAAGGCAGAUGCCAUCAGAACUAUUCAUCUCUGAAAACCCAUGCAUUUCCAUGAUGGCUGUACUUAAUUUGUAAAAUGAUUUGUGUUAAGUUCUGCCAUAAGCUGUUACAAUUAAGUAGAAACUGAAAGAUGUAAACCUGUACUACCCCAAAAAAAGCUGAAGAUAUGCAUUGAAGGUUGUUUCAAAUACUGCUUGUUGAUGAAUUUUGUAUUGUUUUACAUUGUGGGUUAAAAAUCCACAAAAAUCUUCAAUGUGUACUGUUUGAUGUGCUUGGAAAUGGUGCAUAAAUAUACACACUUUUGUUCAUUGUAAAUGACAAUUCAAAGGAAAGUUAAGUUCUUAAACGUAAACACAGUUUUAUGGUUCUUGCGUUAAAUACCCACUGGCUAGUAUGUUUUUUUUAUUUGCUCAAUGCUUGAGAUUCUUGGGGUUUAUUAUUUAAAAAAAAUCCUUACUAAUACCCCUAAAAUUAAUAUUUCUUUUCAAGUAUUUGAACAAUGCAUGCUACUUUUCUGUUCAUAAAAGGAAUAUUGCCAUGUUUUGGAUAAUAGUUUAGCUUAGUGGGUUAUUUUAGGGCUGUUUUGUUUUGUUGUUUUCUUUUGUCCUUCCAGAAGUGAGCAUAUCUGUAUGAUAUUAUCAGAACUUACAUCUUGGUUUUAAGCCGUACUGCAGUGUGUCUGUUCAGCUGCAAAUAGUACAGGUGCCGUUAUGAAAACAAUUGUUUUUUUGAUUUGUUUAAAAGAAUAUGGGAGCACAAGCAGAAGCUUUAGUGCCUUCUUAAAAUGUGGUAUUUUCUAGAAAUAUCUGUGCUAUUACUCAUUUUCAGCUAGAUCUUACAUGACCUCUGUUGCUAUGUUGCCAUCAACAUACUGUAGACAAGAAUGCAAGUGAUUUGUCAGAACAGUUGUUUGAUUCACUUGUUAAAAUACUGAAGUUCCAUUUUUACUUUUUAUUUUUAGGAAAGAUUUAUAGGAAAAAGCAAAGAUGCAAUUUGGGGACCACUACUGUACAAAAGUAGUAGCUGAAUACAAAGCAUUUCUGAUCACCUACAUCAAAGACAGCCCUUUAGACAUUUAAUCUACAUUUGGAUGGCCUUAAUUGUUACCUCUUCAUCAUCAUCUCUGAUACCUGUUGGGUGAUAUAAAAGGAAUUGUAUGCAAAGAAGGGGGGAUAAAUAAUUUGGGGUAAAAAGUUCUAAUUUACACAGGAAUUAUAUGGUAGAGAUUCUUUUUUCAUUCUCUGGGGAGAAAGCAUGUAAGAAGAGAGUGACAAAGCAAAUAUUUUUGUCAAGGUAAAACAUGGCUUGUGUUCUCUGAAUGAAUUUAGUUGGUUACAUGAUAUUUCUUAAGAGUCAUACGUUUAACACUUACUUAUACCUAAAAUUGAGUAGAUUAUUUUUAAUACAACUUAAUACAAUCAAAUGACUUAAUUGCCUUACCUCAUGGGAAGAGUUAUUUCUUUGAGUUAAAAAAAAAGAAGCAAACAAUAGCAGUUCGGCUAUUUGCUUUCAGUUUGUUUUUCUUUUCCUUUGCAUAGUUAAUUCUUUAAAAAAAAAAAAAAAAAAGCCUGUUACAGGGGAUGAAAAAUUUGCCCAAUUCCUAAGGUAAUGAAACCCAGUUUGAUUGUGAAGCUGCUUAAUUACUCUUCAUUUUCAAUAGGAUUUAAUGUUCUUGCCACUGUGUACAUUUAAGACUAUAGGAAAUGCUUUACCAUGUAAAGUAUAGACAGUCAUUUUUGUGAUGUUUAAGCCACAUGCUGUGGGCUGGUAAACAGCUUAUUCUGAUAAAAGAAUGACAAAUCUGUAUGCUUACAGGAAGACUGUGAAGGAUUGUGUCUCGCAACAACAGCUGUCUUAUUUAUGAUGUGUAAGUAGCAUAGAGCAAAGAGAUUGUUUGUAUACUUGUUAUCUUUGGUACCAUUUCACUAAUAAAAUUAAGUAUUUUAGAGGGAAGUUUCUGCUGGUACAUACUUAUUAAAGGAAUAUUUUUAGUUGAUUUGGUCUUAUUCACGCAGCUUCUUUGAUUUGAAAUGUGGAUACCAGUGAAAAUAUACAUGUAUUAUUUCUUUGAAAAACUUUAGUUUCUCCUUUGAGUGGAGUUAGAAUUCUUGCAGUGUAUCGUGUUUCAGCUGAAACUAGUUUGAUUUCUGGAGUUCUGUUUUCCUGAAAUUGCAUGGCUCUAUUAUGUCAGUUACUGAAUAUGUAAAGGGUUGUGUACAGUUAGCUAAGAAACAUGCCUUUGGAGAUUUAGGUAAGGAUGGCAGCCGUGCCGGCUAACUUAUCACAAGUGUAAAUCCAUAUGCAGCACCUUGUUAUGUUGUGUGUAAAUUAAUGGUUCCCUUACAAAAAGUUUUGUUUCUUUUUUAAGAAGGCAAAAAACCCCCAAACAACAAACCCGUCAAACACACACUUCUCCCCACCUUUAGUCUUAUUUUCUUAGAAAUGCUGUAUUUUCUGGUUUUGCUUUUGCAGGUCUGUGAGGUACUUAAGUUCUGUCUAUUCAUAUUAGGUGUUUUACAAGUUCCCCUCUUCCUAAAAAGCCACUCCUAGGGAUCUACUAUUCUGUAAAAUCCCUGUCUCUUCAGAGGGUAGCUCAUUUUUAAGCUGGUGGUGUAGCACAGUAAUGAAGUUCCUGCUUCCUCCAACAGGAUUGUGUACAUCAUCUGUUAAAUGUGUCCAUCUUCCACCGGAUGUCUAUUGCCUUCAUCGUUAACAUGUUUGCGUGCUAAGCUGCCACAUCAGAUUAUUUGGGUUUGCACUUUAUGAGAUUCAGCUGAGUGGAGGUUUUGAGAACAGUGUAGUGUUUGAUUGCUCUAUUGUUUUAAAUAUAAUUUUGAGUCAGCUUUUGUUUGAAAAUGUUGUGACUUGUAAUUGCUAAGAAAAGUGAUGAUAUAGUGCCACUUUGCUCAGACCAUGUGAAGCACGUAUGUGCAAGCUUCCAUUAGUGACCAGUUAUUUCACAACAUUGUUUCUGGAUAACAGAUAGGAUUUUUCUUUGGAUUUUGAAAGAAGGUAGCAGAAGACAGUUGCUAGCAGAUGAAGCAGGAUUCCAAGCUUAAAACAGAGGUGAUUGUGACAUCAGUUCAUCAAAGUCAAUAGGUUUACACAGGUGUGAGGGGUGAAAUUUUGUUUGCAAACAGUGAUAGUGUGGUAUGUAAAAAAAUACUGGUUUUCAUAUUUCAGAAUUAGAAAUAAGAGAGGGAAAAAGCACUUCAGUUGGAAACUAGAAACAUCUGAAGAAUACCUGAGAAAUCGGUGAGAUGUGGCUUCUGCUUACUUGUUAGUCACUUGCUCAUUUUUUUGAUGGUGAUUUCAGAUGGGUUCACCUGAAUAGCUUUACAUUAGCUGGUUAACAACAGCAACCGAUGCACAGCUUGGUUUCUGAAAUGAGCUGUGGCCGCUUGAGUGUGUUUAUUCUUCUGGAAAGUAGGUAAAUUCUGUAGUUUAGCAUGCUUUGCAUUGCUUGCUAGUGUUCUCUGGCCCAGUUACCUCUAAGGCAAUACCUGAAAUUACUUUGAAACACUGCAACUCUGUUUGUUACAUGGUAGUUUCUCUAUGUUCCCCUUAGCUCGUACUGAUACUUUGUAAGUUAGCAGAUUUAGGGAUUUCUGUGAUUUUCUUUUGGUCAAAAGCUAUCUCUUCCUUAGUAAAGGCUGCUUUGUAUGAUACAAGUUACUGUAUACUUCAUACCUGUCCUUAUAGCUGCCUUACCUUUUUCAUUCAUGUGUGUGACCGUUGCAAGCAGUGAUGCCAUAAUGAUGUAUGUAUCUUCAACUUUUAGGUCUGAAGCAUCUCUGCAUCACUGUCUUUUUGUUAGUUUGUAAUGAAACAAAGUUAGAGUUCAUGUAUUUCAAUUUUGGUAGCCAUUCACUUGAGGAAAAAAAAAAGAGAAAAACCAGCUUGAAUUUUGUAAAUGUUAGCAUGAAAAUUGCAUUAUAAUGGUAAAACAAAAAAUCUUAAGGAUAUGAAUUCUGAACAAGGACUUGCAAACUGGAGCGUAUUAUGCUUCCUGCCUGCCACUUGGUGGUACUUUCAGUUUUGUAGCAGUCUGUUAUGCCUUUGGUGUUGUCAUAAUUUUAGAAGUGAGAAUUGGGCUUAGUGGCACAAAUGCUGGGAUCUGUAAAUGGCUGAAAUAAUGUAAAUCAGUAGGCAGUUAGUUCAGGGAGAUGUUUUUUUUUCACCAGAGAUUGGAGUGUGGACAGUUGAAGUUUGUAGGUACCAUUAUUACCUAAAGAGAAUCUAAAACUUAAUUUUAUUUGCUAAUAUGUAAACAGAAAAAGAGUUUUCAGCCUGUAUGUUAGGUUUAUUUUUAUAUGUUGAAAAGUAUAAUUAAAAUAAUAAAAACACUGUACAAAAGGGAAAUUUUUUUAUGUACGAGAAAUACACUUUCAAUUGUGUUCAAUUUAAAACUUUUAAAAAAUGUCUUUGCAUGCAGUGUUUAUUUCAAAUUCAAGAGUGUUUCAUUUGUAGGCAAGUCCUAUUGCUGGAUCUGAGCACAUUAAUAUGGGGAUUUCUUCUGUAUUCUUUUCAAUAUAAAACAGCAUAAUAAACUUGUCUGACAAUA